AUGUCGGCCGCGUCAUCCGAUUCCCCCACCUAUCUCCAACCUCCCAGUGAGACCGUUGAGAAGGAGGACUCUGGAGCUGGGAACAAUGCCCCAGACAGCGACGAGGACCAUUUUUCAGACGCCAGCGAGGGGCACUCAAAUCUACAGACAAGAUCGCCGCAGUCUGGGCGAGCUUCUCCUAUCCCCGUUACUCGAGUGGAGCGAAUCGACGACAGCGCCCACCACGGCGAGAUACCCGGAACGAUAGCAUACGAGAAACGGAUACAGGACGCAGUUCCCGAUGAAAUCGAGGUUCUCUCCUCGGAUAUCAGCGAGGGGCAGUCGAAUCGUCAGGCAGAAUUGCCACAGUCAGGACGGGCUUCUCCUAUUCCAAUCACUCGAGUAGAACGAGUUGAUGAUAGUGCUCAAUAUGGAGAGAUGCCUGGCACAGACGCCUUCCAAAAAAGGACACAGGAUGCGGUGCCCGACGAAAUCGAGGUAGUGCCCUCCAAUGCCAGCGAGGGGCAGUCAAAUCUGCAAACAGAGUUGCCACAGUCUGGGCGAACCUCUCCUAUCCCACUCACUCGGGUUGAGCGAGUCGACAACAGUGCUCUGCAUGGCGAGAUACCGGGCACAGAUGCAUAUGAGAAACGUAUACAAGAUGCAGUUCCCGACGAAAUCGAGGUGGUUCCAGACAACACGAGAAGCAGGAAUCCUUCUCCGGCGGGGUCGCAGGACCGACCCUUGACCCCAGGCGGCUCAGAAAUACCGCGAACUGUCGUUGAGAAAAUAGAUCCAGAUGCGCCAAGUCAUGGAGAAGUGCCCGGUACAGAAGCUUAUGAUAAACGCCGAGCAGACGCAGUGCCAGACAUUGUCGCGAGGGUCUCGCCUGAUGAGAAAACCCGGGACCUCACGGAGGCGACAAAAGAAGAAUCAGACACUUUGAAUGCCGGCCAUCAACCUAUCCCGGAGACACGAGUCUCCAGGGUUGACACAAUACCGGCAGAAGACCAGUCGCAAACUCAAACCAAGGCCCACCAGAGAUCGCCCAGCGAUGCAUUGCCCGACACCGUGGAAACGAUCACCGAUGACGCCCCGUCUACUGCUAUGGGGGCAGAGGAUGAUUUCAUAGAUCCAGGGGUUGAUGACGAGUUUGGUGAUGAUUUCGAUGAGUUCGUGGAUGAUCAGGGUGGCAUGGAUGACAAUGACGAUUUUGGGGGAUUUGACGAUUUUGAUGAUGACUUUCAGGAGCCUGAAGUACCUGGGCAUCUGACUGAUGCUGGCAACGCAUUUCCUCAGCAGCCCCCAGCAUCUAUAUCUGUUCCUCCCCUGAUCGACUUUAACGACUUCACAUCGACGUCUGACCUUCUUGCAGCUUUAUCAGACCCGCUAGACGAUCUUCUCCCCGCCGUGAAAGAUCUCAGCUCUCUUCCUCCUGUCGAAUCUAUUCCUGAUUCUUCCGCCAUAUUCAGCACUGAGCGCAGCCUCUCAUUGUGGUCGCAGCUCGUCGCACCGCCACCACUUCAGCCUCAAAAUUGGGUGAAAUCUCGCAUCCGCCGACUCUUUCUGGUCUCUCUGGGUGUACCUGUAGAUCUGGACGAGAUUUUGCCAGCAUCCAAGCAAAAGAAACUCAUUCUCCCGUCUAUGGACAUUGAUAACUCAGGGAACAACAAUGCCUCGCAAUCCCAACCACGCAAAGAAGGCGACGAAACAUCCACAACGGGGCAGGCCCCUGCUCGCCCUAAAGGCACCCGUCGGGGUGCCACGCCCCCACCCCAGCUAGAUCUCUCGUCUGUUCGGCGGCUAUGCGCAACGACAGAUGCUGCGCUUGAUGGAUUGACGGAUGGUGAAUUGACCCAGCAUGUCUCUGAGCUAGAGCAAGUCACUCUUCGUGCCAGUUCAGUCUUGGAAUUCUGGCUGAAACGUCGGGAUGGACUGAUCAGCGAAAAGGAAGCAUUCGAAGGGGUCAUUGAAAAUCUUGUCAGCCACGUUCGGCGAGUCCGAAAAUAA